GAAAAAAUAAAUAAAAAUAAGAAUAAAGAGCAAAAAGCGUUCGGAGGGUAUAUAUAAGACUGUCAGCGGGAGCGGCGUUCAAGUCUCCUUGCUCGCGUGGUGUCGGUAGGACCGUGGAAAUAUUGCAGCCUUUGCAUAAGAACAAUAGCUACAAAUUCUGGCAGUUGAGGAGGCAAGUCACCUGCAGCACUGGUGGUCUGCAUUGGUUGCAAAAGAUUUCCAACCACAAGGUCUUCUCUCCUGUAGGAUGAAGAGCGUGUUUCCAGUGUGUCUGGUGUUGUGGGCCGCGCUCAGUGUGCUGGCGGACGGCGAUUCAGAUUCGGACAGAGCGAAGAGGCAAGUUUUCCGACCCCAGCAGGGAGGCGCUGGUCGACCACAGUCCUUCAGAGUGUCGGGCCCUCAGAGGUUCGAAAAAGAUCCGAUCACAGGGCAGUUUGUCCCCGUGGGCGACAGAGACGGCCUCUCAGGGGCAGGGAUUUCAGGGGGGUUGAACCAGCUGCCGUGGCUGGCGCAGGUGGUCGGCCCCAACCUCACCCUCGCCCUCAGCCCCGCCAGCCCCAGUGUGGCCAGCUUUGCCAGGAGCACCAACUUCCAGAUCGCGCGAGACCAGCCUGAUCUGAUGUACCAGGAAUGUCAGACCCCAAACAACCAGUAUGGCCGCUGCAGACAUUUAGUAUACUGCAUGUUACCGGAGUUCACCAGUUACCAGGCGUUCUUGCCUUACGGGUGUCCUAUUCAGGGCAGAUACGUGGGUGCGUGCUGCCCCCGUCCGGGACCCGCCGUCGCACCCGGGUUCCCUCCCGUCCCCGGCCAGGCGCAGACGCCCGCGCCCGCCACCAACUUAGAUGCCUGCGGAGGAGUAGUGAACGUCCGCAUCGUGGGCGGAGAGCCUGCACGGGUGUCCGAGUUCCCUUGGGUGGUGGCAGUGAUGCGGACAGGCGCCAAUCCUAACCAGUACUGCGGCGGCGCUCUCAUUUCCAACAGACACGUUCUCACGGCCGCUCAUUGCCUCGCCGGGUUCGACUGGAGCACCAUCUGGGUUCGCGUGGGCGAGUACGACUUCCGUCGAAAUGACGACACCCCGCACAAAGACAUCCGAAUCGCGGACUUCCGUCUCCAUAGCAACUUCAACAGCCGGACCUUCGAGAACGACAUCGCCCUGCUGAUCCUCGAACAACCCGUCACCUUCAACAACCACGUGCGCAAGAUCUGCCUUCCUCCUGCCGGGGAAUCCUUCAUCAACACGCGUGCGACCGUCACGGGCUGGGGCGCGCUGGCAUAUCAGGGUCCCGUAUCACCUGUGCUGAACAAGGUCGUGUUGCCCAUCUGGGACAACGAGCGGUGUGACGCAGCCUACGAUCAGCCGAUCCGGUCGACCAUGCUGUGCGCAGGACUCCCUGAGGGCGGCCAGGACUCGUGUCAGGACGACAGCGGAGGCCCUCUCAUGGUGCAAAUCAACAACAAGUGGACGGUGGUUGGGAUCGUGUCCUUCGGAACGCGCUGCGCCGAGCCCGGGAAGCCUGGCGUCUACACGCGGGUCAACAGCUUCCUCGACUGGAUCAGGAGCAACGCUUAAAAGCGCGUGGGAAUAGGAGGCAGGUGGAAGUGACGGCGGAGAAGAGGACGAAAGAGGAAGAGGGGAUUGCGGAAGAAAAGGGAGUAAAUUUGAUGAAAAGAGAAGAAGGAAUCGUGGUACACUAGUGGUACAACUCUACUUUGCAUGAAAAUGGAAAGAAAGGCGAAGGAAUAGAGAGGAAGGGCACAUGGGGGAUGAUGAAAGUAGAACGAAGAAGGGAAAUAUAAACUACCAGAGGAAUAAAUGUAAAAUGACGAAAUUAAUUUUAUAACAUCCCCUAAAUUUAGGAAAAAUGGCGAGGCUGACAAUAUAUCCUUGUUUUCAGAUAGUUUUCAAAAUGCGACAAAUACUCCAACCCUUCUGUAUACGUCUGCUUUAGAAGUGGCAUUAGCGUAACCAAAAGAUUUGAAAUGUGUUCGAUGUCUUUAGCAACUCGUUAUCUUAUGCAAUGUAAUACACAUUUGGUUAUAAAUGUUCUCUGUAUACAAAAUGACUACAUUAAUGCCUCUCAUUCAGUAAAACACAAUAAACGGAGAAGGGAACAAA